GUUGGCCGUCUGCAGAGCGAUCCGGCAGGUGGUAAACAAAGACACGAUCAGGAGGGGAUUCAACGAUAAUGCAGCAGCAUGGCUGUGUUGGAACUUUACACCGAGUACAACAGAGUGUGGAUCCCAGAUGCAGAUCAUGUGUGGAAAUCAGCAGAGAUUACGAGAGACUUCCAAUCGGGAGAUAAAGUCCUGGAGCUGCUCCUGGAAGAUGGCACUGAACACCACUACCCUGUUGACCCCUCAAAACCACAGCUCCCCCCUCUGCGAAACCCGGACAUCUUGGUGGGGGAGAACGACCUGACGGCUCUCAGUUACCUUCACGAGCCCGCGGUCCUCCACAAUCUCAAAGUGCGGUUCGUGGAGUCCAGGAUCAUCUACACCUACUGCGGCAUCAUACUGGUGGCUGUAAAUCCUUAUAAACAACUCCCCAUUUAUGGAGAUGCAAUCAUUCACGCCUACUCCGGCCAGAACAUGGGCGACAUGGAUCCACAUAUAUUUGCAGUGGCUGAGGAGGCCUACAAACAGAUGGCCAGAAACCACAAGAACCAGUCCAUCAUCGUCAGCGGCGAGUCCGGAGCCGGGAAGACUGUGUCUGCUCGGUAUGCCAUGAGGUAUUUUGCUGUGGUGAGCAAAUCUGGAAGUAAGACCCGGGUGGAGGACAAGGUUCUGGCAUCCAAUCCGGUAACAGAGGCAAUAGGGAAUGCAAAGACCACCAGGAAUGACAACAGCAGCCGCUUUGGGAAGUACACCGAGAUCAGCUUCGACCGGCGCUACUGUAUCAUCGGAGCCAACAUGAGGACCUACCUGCUGGAGAAAUCCAGAGUCGUUUUCCAGGCAGACAACGAGCGAAACUAUCACAUUUUCUACCAGAUGUGUUCUUGUGCACAUCUGCCAGAAUUUAAGACCCUCAGACUGUUGAGUGCUGAUAAGUUCAGUUACACCUGCAUGGGCGGCAACACGACCAUCGAAGGUGUAGAUGACAAGAAGGACAUGGAGGAGACUCAGCGGACGUUCUCUAUGUUGGGACUGAAGGAGGAUUUCCAGGCGGAUGUUUUCAAAGUCCUGGCAGCUAUUCUGCAUUUGGGGAAUGUCGAGAUCAGAAGUGCUGGAGAUGAUAAAUCCUUAAUUGCUCCAAACGAUCCUCACUUGGCAGUCUUCUGCGAGCUGCUCGGCGUGGCUGCGGGCGAGCUGGUCCGCUGGCUGUGCCACCGGAAGAUCGUUCUGGUGGCGGAGACCGUGGUGAAGCCCCUGCCCAGGAAGAGGGCGGUCAACGCCCGCGACGCCCUGGCCAAGCAGAUCUACGCCCAUCUGUUUGACUGCAUCAUAAACAGGAUCAACACGGCGCUGCAGGUUCCAGGAAAGCAGCACGCUUUCAUUGGAGUUCUGGACAUUUACGGCUUUGAGACGUUCAACAUCAACAGCUUUGAACAGUUUUGCAUCAACUAUGCCAACGAGAAGCUCCAGCAGCAGUUCAACCUGCACGUGUUCAAACUGGAGCAAGAGGAGUACAUGAAGGAGGACAUCCCAUGGACGCUGAUCGAUUUCUACGAUAAUCAGCCGGUCAUCGACCUGAUCGAAGCAAAGAUGGGGAUCUUCGAGCUGCUCGAUGAAGAAUGUUUAUUCCCUCAAGGUACCGAUCACAGCUGGCUGCAGAAGCUGCACAACUACCUGGAUGCCAACCCGCUGUAUGAGAAGCCCAGGCUAUCAAAUGAGGCGUUUGUGAUUCAGCACUUUGCAGACAAGGUGGAGUAUCAGUGCACAGGCUUUUUGGAGAAAAACCGGGAUGCUCUUUAUGAAGAGUUGAUUGAAACGAUGAGAGUCAGUCAGUUCUCCUUUCUGGCCAACUUUUUCCAAGAGGAGGAGCAAAACCCUGUGAACAGUAAGAGUGUGAAAGUUCGGGCUGCCAGGCCUCCGCUGAAACCCACCAACAAACAGCUCAGAACCUCAGUUGGAAAUAAAUUCCGCAGCUCUCUCUCCUUACUGAUGGAAACGCUGAACGCCACCACCCCUCACUACGUGCGUUGCAUUAAGCCCAAUGAUGAGAAGCUCCCAUUUGAGUACGACUCCGGGAGAGUCGUGCAGCAGCUGCGAGCCUGUGGAGUCCUGGAAACGAUCCGGAUCAGUGCACAGAGCUAUCCCUCCAGGUGGACUUACAUCGAGUUUUACAGCCGGUACAGUAUCCUUAUGACGCACCAGGAGGCAGAACUCACGGACAAGAAACAGACCUGCAAGAAUGUGCUGCAGAGGUUGAUUCAGGACUCCAACCAGUACAAGUUUGGCCGGACGAAAAUCUUCUUCCGGGCCGGUCAGGUGGCUUAUCUGGAGAAGCUGCGUCUGGAUCGACUCCGGGGAGCCUGCGUGACGAUCCAGAAGCACGUGCGAGGCUGGAGCCAGAGGAGGAAGUAUCUGGCCAUGAGAUCAGCGGCAAUCAUCCUGCAACAGUACAUCCGCGGGAAGAGGACAGUCCGGAAAGCAGUGAAUCCUACAACCCUGAAGCAGGGCUGGGCUGCACUGGUGAUCCAGAGGCACUGGAGAGGCUACCACAUGAGGCAGAUCUACAGAGUCGUCCGUCUGGCCUCCAUUACGAUCCAGUCCUUCACACGAGGCUGGCUGGCCCGCAAACGGUACCGGAAGAUGUUGAAGGAGCACAAAGCGCUGGUCAUACAAAAGUACGCCAGAGCGUGGCUGGCACGGCGGCGAUUUCAGACCAUGCGGCGGCUGGUGCUGAAUGUUCAGCUCUCCUACAGGGUGCAGCAGCUCAGAAAGAAGAUAGAGGAGCAGAACAAAGAGAACCGUGGCUUGAUGGAGAGACUGACCAGCUUGGCCAACUCAAACUCUCAAACUGUGGAUCGACUCCAGAGUCUGGAGGUACAGCUGGAAAAAUCUACCAGCCAGAGAGCGUCUUUGGAGGCGAGAGAGAAGAAAGCAAAAGAAGAGGCUGGUCUGACGAUUGCAGAGCUUCAAAAGAAAAUAGAUGCCGUAAACCUUGAAAAGCAGAGCUUGGAGACACAGUUUAAAACUUCUACCAAAAACACCAAAGAGAGCUUCGAUCAAAUCAAAAGGAGUCUUCUGGAAGAAAAAGAAAAUGAAGCAAGGCUCAGAAAGAUUGCAGAAAACAACAUCGACAUUCAGAGAGAGGACCACGAGAACGAGGUGGAGACCCUCAAAGAGGAGAUCAAAAGAUUGAAAGAAGAGAAAGUCAGUCUGCAGAGGAAGAUCGAGGAGGGGGAGCAGUUGAACUCUGACCUGCAGGAGCAGAACGUGCAGCUCAGCAGACACGUCAAGGUCAUCCCCGAGCUGCGCCGGGAGCUGAGCAACCUGGAAAACCAGAGGAAGGGCAUGGACCGAAAGAUCAAGCAACAGGCAGAGCUGGCAAAAUCGAAAACGGUCGAGAUCGUGACACAACUUCUGAGCGGUGUUGUUGAAGAGGAGCUUCUUCUGAGGCUGACCCAAGAUGACUCUGAGAAGACGGACGAAGCUGAAGUCCUGCUGAUGGCGUUUGAAGGCCUGCAGAAAGCAGCCAGGAUCCUGGAAAGCAACCAGAGAGAACAGAAGGAAAGCCACGGCGUGCAGGUGGAGGGCUUGAAACUGAAAGUUGACCACCUCCAGAAUGAGAACAGCAAGCUGCAGAACCUCUUCCAGGAGAAAAGCAACGUCAAUGAAAGCAUUCGACAAGAAGUGUCUCGGCUCAGCAGUGAAAACUCAGCCAUCCCCGAGCUGAAACUUCAGGUUUCAGAGCUGCAGAGACAAAAACAAGAGCUCGAGGGCCACAUUGAGCAACAGAAGACAGAGAUAACAGAAAAAACCAAGGAGAUCACCACCACUCUGCAGAGCAGAAUCACAGAAGAGAGCACACAGCGCCGGCUCCUUGAGGAGAAAGCUGAAGGGCUGGAGGAGGCGAACAGGGAGCUUCAAGUCCAAAUGAGGGAGCUGGAGGAGGAGGUCGAUCACCUGAAGAGACAGCAGCUGAUGGAGAUGGAAAUCAAGAGGAAGCUCAGACAGGAGGCGUCGCAGCUGACUGCUGAGAACAUGGACUUUGAAGAGCUGCUUGACCAGAAAAACAGAUUAAUAAAGAGACUCCAGAGUCAGAUAAAGAGCCUCGAAGCUUCACGUAAAGUGAAACAAACAUCAAACGUCAUUCCUAGAGAUUACCUGGGCAUGUUGGAGUACAAGAGAGAGGACGAACUCCGCCUCAUCCAAAACAUCAUUCUGGAUUUGAAGCCAAAAGGCGUCGUGGUCAACAUGAUCCCAAACCUGCCGGCCUUCCUGCUCUUCAUGUGUGUUCGUCACGCCGACUACCUGAACGACGAGGCCAAGAUCAAGUCUCUCAUGAGUGCGAUCAUCGGUGGCAUCAAAAAGGUCAUCAUGAGUUACGUCAAAGACUUUGAGCUGCUGUCCUUCUGGCUCUCGAACACGUACCAGAUGAUCAACUGCCUGAAGCAGUACAGUGGCGAGGAAGAGUUUCUGAAGCAGAGUACUCCCCGACAGAAGAAGAACUGCUUGCAGAACUUUGAUUUGUCGGAAUACAGGCAGAUUCUCAGCGACUUGGCCAUCCACAUCUACCACCAGUUCAUCUCAGUCAUGGAGAAGACUCUCACUCCUGCCAUUGUGCCUGGUAUGUUGGAGCACGAGAGCCUGCAGGGGAUUUCGAGCAUGAAGCCGACGGGUUUCAGGAAGCGAUCCAACAGCCUGUACGAGGAGACGGAGACCUACACCAUCUCCUCCAUCCUCCAGCAGCUGACGGGCUUUCACUCCACCAUGACCCACCACAGCAUGGACCCGGGCCUGGUGAAGCAAGCCGUCAAGCAGCUCUUCUUCCUCGUGGGCGCCGCCACGCUCAACAACAUCAUGCUUCGCAAAGACAUGUGCUCCUGCAGGAAGGGGAUGCAGAUCAGAUGCAACAUCAGUUACCUGGAAGAGUGGCUGAAGGAAAAGGAGCUGCAGAGCUCCAACGCCAUGGAUACUCUGCGGCCUCUGGCUCAGGCCGCCUGGCUGCUGCAAGUCAACAAAUCCACCGACGAGGACGCCAGCGAGAUCAUCGAGAAAUGCACCGAACUCCACCCUGUCCAGAUCAUCAAGAUUCUGAAUUCAUACACACCCAUCGACGAUUUCGAGAAAAGGGUUUCCUCUUCGUUCGUCCGUAAAGUUCAGUCACUGCUACAAGACCACGACGGCUCCGCGCAGCUCAUGCUGGACACCGAUUACCGCUUCCAGGUCAUGUUUCCCUUCUGCUCGUCGACUCAGGCUCUGGAGCUGCUGCAGGUCCCCAACAGCCUCCACCUGGACUUCCUCACCAGGAUCUGACGCAGCCAGCUUCCCCUCUUCAUCCUCCAUGACUGAGUCAAAGCACAGACGUUUGGCUGCAUUGUAUCUUUAAAUAUGUGAACCUACUCUGUAAACCAUACCCUGCAAGAGUUUAAAGCCGGAUUCUGAAGGACUAAACCACCUGAAAUGUUUUAUGCAUUGCAGAAUUAUCACAAAGAAUCAAAUGAAGAUAUA